AUGGCACCUUUCACACACCACGUAGUCAUCAUCACCGGAGCAGGAAGCGGCAUCGGACGAGCAACAUCCAUCCGGCUAGCUUCGGCCGGUGCAAACCUGGCAUUAUCAGACAUCGACUCAGGCGGGCUCGAGACUACACUCCACUUGUGUCGAGAGGCUGCUGCGGCCGACUUGACCCCGGACGACGCAAACGUGCAACGGCACAUGGCGAGCAGCGUGGAUAUCAGAUCCACAGAAGCUGUGAACGCUUUCGUUGCUUCGGUUGCAGACCGACACCAAGGACGGAUCGACCACGUCUUCAACUGUGCAGGCAUCAACCCGACAAACCUGCCCACGGAGCACAUAAGCGACGAGUACUGGCAGAGGCUGGUCGACACGAAUCUGAAGGGCACGUUCGCCAUGACCAGGGCGUGCAUCCCGCACAUGCGCCGCGGCGGGUCGUUCGUCAACGUCUCUUCGGUCUGCGGGCUUUACCCAACGGCCGGGUUCGCGGUGUACUGCGCGACCAAGUACGCGGUGAUUGGGUUCUCAAAGUGCAUGGCCCUGGAGCUCGGCGAGAGAGGCAUCAGAGUCAAUGUCGUCGCGCCGGGAAUUGUCGAGACGCCGACGAACGUCGCGUUCCGCGCGGGGUCGGAGAGAGUACAGAAGCUCGCAAAGGAGAUUGGCUUGAAAAGGACGGGGACGCCCGAGGAGAUUGCGGACGUCGUUGCGUUUCUCUUCAGUGAAGAGAGUAGGUUUAUGAACGGCAGCGUGGUCGAGGUUGACGGUGGUAUCGGGAUAAAGCAGUGA